AUGAUAAACAUUUUACCAUUGAGAUUCCUCAUUAUUAUCAACAACUCAAAUGGCUUUUUAAGAGGUAUAAUAUCUGAUGAAAUUAAUAUGUCUAUUCCUUUUAAAGUUGUAAGAAUUUAA